GUCUGAGGCGUCUUUGCCCUUCGUUUCUGUUACGUCGGCAACGUCUGGAAAGAAACACCUUCUGGAGGGAUUCUUUGGCGCAGAAUAAAAAGAUGUAGGAGGACACGGACUCGCACGGGACCAUGGAAUUAUGGAUGACGCGAGUGUGAUGGAGCGGGGAAGUGUCAGGCAGCAGCGCAACAGCGCCCUCUAGAGGCCGUGUCCAUACAACAACAAUAGCGGCGCGGUGCGGAAGAAGACGCGCCAGUUCAACUGCGCACCUGAAACAGGCGGUAAAAGGAACCUACUGGACCCUGAAACGUCUGAAUGGGUGCAUGCGUUGUGCAAACAAGGAGGAACCGCCACUGUGCUGCGACCAAGACGAAGAAACAAACCGAUCACUAUUGAGGUUCCCUUUAUGCUGUGCUGCUUUCUAAACGGCGCAACUGGGUUUAUAUGGCGAGUAGUCGCAACAUGGACAGUAACAAUGUGAAGUGGUCAGCUGUUCAUGAACCUGUGCUCGCCUCAGACUGUCAUCCGUGGGCGUUUAAGUGAGGGAGCGGUCCUUUGAGCUGGACACAAAGAAAGAAGCGGACCAGCGCAAAACCGGAAUUGGAAACGCUUUGCUUUCAAAAUAAAAGCGCACGAUGAGCGCAAACCGUGACGCGAUCGUGUUGCGGGCGCAGUAGAGAAGCAGGUGGUAGCGGCCGGUGGUGGACGGAGGCCCUGACAGCGCAGAAUGACAGACGCUGGCGACGCAGCGGCGGCUCCCGGCUCGUUCCGCCAAAGCAGCGGGGCCGCGUCGAGUUUGACUGCGGGCGUAGCACUUCCGGGCCGCGUCAGGGGAUUGCCUUCCCCAGCCCCAUCCGGAAGACUGACGUCACUCAGGACCAGAGACCUGACACUGGGAGGAGCCUUCAAAAAGCCGAAGAAAACAUUUGAGCCAAAUGUCCAUGCUGUGAGGAAGAGCAAAGAUGAGUUAAAGGAGGAGAUCCACGUGGCUCCCAAAAAGGAGAGAAGGGCGAGAGAGGAGAGGAGGAGGGAGAACAGAGGGAGGAGGAAAGCGAGGCCUCAGACCAUUCAGUCCCACUCCAUCUUUGAGCAGGGCCCUGCCGACACGGCGCACAGAACAGGCUGGCGUGGUGCUGCAGACCUCCACGACGCCGCCGCCUCGUCUUCGUGUAGGCUGGUGAAGAAGGAGAGGAAACGCUCAGAGGAGGAUGAAGAUGAAAUACUCACGAAACUACAGAGGGAUGACUUCAUAGAUGAUCCGGGUCUGAGGAACGAUGCCAAGCUGAAACCCAUCCAGCUGCCUCUGUGUCAGUCUCACAGCUUCAGCAAGACUCUGAUCCCGACAUGUCCAGAGAAUCCAGCAGGCCGCGGCAGCAGCAGCGCGGGGCCGUCCAAACCGGAGCAGCCGUACCUGGCAGAGCUGCUGCAGCAGCUCCGGCUCUCCGGCGGAGAGGAGCUCUUCUUCAUGCAGCUGCCCGACUGCAUGCCGCUCAGAGCACAUGCGCCGGCCGGACACGCCGCCGCUGCAGAGAAACCCGCCAAGAAGGAAGCCAAGUCCGAGUACAAGAGGCCUGCAGGUCUGCAAACACAGCAGACUGCUGCGAAGGAGGACUCCCCUGUGCUCUCACAGUUCCCUGAUGGAUUUCUGGGUAAGAUGCAGAUUAGGAAGUCAGGAAAGAUGGAGCUGAAGCUGGGUGACAUCGUAAUGGACGUCUGUGAGGGAGCAGCGUUCUCCUUCCUCCAGCAACUGGUGUCUGUGCGUCUGUCUGACGGGCAGAAGGGAGACAUGAUGGUCCUGGGGAACGUCCACCACAAACUGGUCUUAUCUCCUGACUUCCAGGCUUUGCUGAGACAAGCUACAACGCAGCAGCAAGGACCCUGACAGUGUCGCAUGCACAUCAGCGCACAGCAGCUUAGAGCUUCCUAAGGCAGCUGGCUUUGUUGUUUAUAAUGUGAGAGCUUUGAAGGACUCACUGGAACGUGACCAAACUCUCAGGCUCAGACGGUUGGAGACUGGAUGUCCACCUUCAUAUCCACACCAGCAGACCAGCCAGACUGACUCAGAGCUCCAGACCUCCUCAGCACCAGCAAAAUACAGCGCAAGCUACAUGUUGAUCAAGGUCAGAGGUCACAGACAUUAGGCAUGUUUAAGACGAGCAGGUUCUGCUGAUUUGAUCACUGGUGUUAGUUUUCUAUCCAACUCUACUGUGACGUCGAUUUUAGAGGCAGGAGCUGCAGGUGCAGUUCACCCAGCGCAUAUUAAUAUUCAUUUUUAUAUUAACUAGAAAUCAGAUACUAAAAUUAUACUGGUUUGUUGAUGAGCCUAGACCUGGAAAAUACUCCUUAGUUUCUGUGAUGUUAAAUUCAGGUGCAGUAUUUAGAUCUUUAACUAAAACAGUCAAUAUAUAGUAUUGUAUGUUCUUAUUGUGAUUUCCAUGUGUUACAGUUUUAAGGAAGCAUUAAAAGUCAUUUUGUAGAAAA